AUGGCUGGCGCUUAUGAUACCGAACAACAAAGAAUGAUUGAUAGAAUUAAAUGCAUUACUUUCCGAGAAGCUCGUGAUGCUGGUGCAACAUUUAUAAAUAGACAAUGGAUUGCCGACAAAAUUCACCGUACGACUCGAUUUGUUACAGAAUGGUGGGAAAAAUCGUGUGACCAAUGUUUUGCUGAUUAUUCGAAUGCUGGUCCUAAACUCAAGUUAUCGAGAGCUGCUCAGGACAUUAUUCGUGAAGCAAGUGGUCACCAACGGAAAAGCGGUUCUGUCGUGGCGAAAGAGAUUGCAAAGAAACAAAAAGAAUAUGUUACUCGACAAACAGUUAAUAACUACCGUCGUAGGGAAGGAUUAAAGCCUUUUCAUGUUAUUUCAAGACCGUUAAAAUCUGAAACUCAUAUAUCAGAUCGAUUAUGGCUCUGUGAUUGGUUGAAAGAUUGGACUGAAGAAGAUUUUCUUCAUCUGGCACCAUCAGAUGAAUUUUAUGUUUGGACAGUUCGCAAACCAAAUUAUCAAAAUGAUAGGAUUUGGGCAAAAAGUGUUGAAGAUAUUGAAGACGAUGAAAGGUAUCGCGAAAUGGUUAAAAACCAAGCGUGUAUCGGUAUUUUUAUCAUUUUCACCGCGAAAAAA